AUGAAGAAAAAACAGGCCUCUCUUUCGGAUAAAUUAAACAAACUAUUUGCUCCCGAGGAUGCCUCGGAGGAUUCCGGAGACGAAACCGCACCCAAAUUCAGCGAGUUUGAUGAAACACUAGAUGAAGCAACGAGAAGCGAGGCGAUUAGUGAGUUCCGUAAGCGAAACAUUAAGUUUCUGGAAGAGAUCGAUAGGAAAUACAAAGGCACCGUUUCCUCGCGGAAUGAAGUUUUCGAUAGAGAAAACAGUGAACAGGAGGAAGAUCAUUCCUAUGAAUCUAAAAGUGAAGUGGACGAUGAGGAUGAUGAUGGCUGGGAUGAUGAAGCUGAUGAUGAAACAACUGUUGGCAACGGUAAACACAAAUCUCUUGUACUUCUGAAGAAACCCCAAAGUUACGAGGAUAGUAAGGAAUACGAUGACGAAGGCAGCGAAGAACCAGAAGAUACAUCGGGAGAUGAAGCUGACGAGGAUUCCGAAGAUCAGGGUGAACAAUCUUACCUAUCCAAUUUUGAUAGCACUAACAAAGAAUCCAAUUUGACUCUGAUUAAAGAAGAGAAUCGUAAAGAAGCCAUCGACAAAGGUUUGGCAGUACAGAACCAACUGAAGAUAUGGGAGCGAAUGUUGGAAAUGCGUAUCAAAACGCAACCAUGUUUGAUUGCAGCCAACAGUCUUCCUCCGGCGAAUGUGUACGAAAAACUAAGCGCCACGAGCGUGGAAUUUCGGGAGAAAUCUGAGCAUCUUACUAAAACCGUCGCUGAAUCAAUGGAGCGGCUCCUAGAACUACAGGAACUACUUCUUGGUCGUUAUUCGGAAACGAAAGAUCUGCUUAAGAGUGGCACAAAACGGAAGGCUUCUUCAAAAUCCACGAGUAAGGAUCUUAAAAUGAAACGGGUAGACUUGGAGGCUUUCGAAGAAACGCUCUCUAGACGUAGCAACGAUAUGGUGGAGUAUAGGAACAAUGUUCUUAUGAAGUGGUUCGAUCGUACGAAUAUUGCAUCCAAGGUACGCAACCAGAAACAGUCUCUAUCGGUGUUGAGGAAAAUCGAAGACAGUCUUAUUAACCGUGAUGAGCUAGUACGCAAAACGCAGCUUUAUCGUGGCGGCUAUCCACUGCUCGGAAGGCUUGUUAAGCCAACGGAUUUGUCGUCGGUGCAACCACAAGACAACGAUCUUGAAACCGAGGAACAGGGGUUGCAAUCGAUCCACGAUGGGGAGAUUUUUGAUGAUUCUGAUUUCUACCAUCAGUUGCUUCGGGAGCUAAUAGAGUUUAAAACGAACACCACGGAUAGUCCGCAAGAGAUUGCCAAUAAGCUGGCAGAGCUGCAGAAGUUGCGUAAUAAAAUGAAGAAAAAGGUGGACACAAAAGCAUCUAAAGGUCGAAAAAUCCGCUAUGUCGUACAUAACAAACUGGUCAAUUUUAUGGCUCCCGUGCCAGACUUUGAUUGGACGGAUGAAGCAAAGGAUGAAUUGUACGGAUCGCUUUUCGGCCAAGCGCCUGCAGCAGACGAUCGGUAGUGAGGGCUAUGGAAUCUAGAACAUAUACAGGAAAAUAAAACAUG